AUGCUCUACUUCGGACUGCCUGUCGAGCCCAUUUUGUCUGAGCUGACGCGCUUUUCGAAGCCGGAUUUUGAUGUGGACGACUGGGAUGAACUCUGCACUGCCGAGGUCCGCCCUCCGCUGCACUUCCUGACAGCCUACGACCAGAGAAAUUUUGGAUACGACUACAUGAGAGGAAAAGAGGAUCAAUACAGCACGAUCCCUGUGGCAGCUUCUCAAAUGCCAGACGCCACUGGUGAAGGACUAAGCCUUCGAGGAGGGGGCGACGAUGAUGAUGCCUUGAUGGCAGAUGUGGACUAUCCGCCAGAUAAUGGUGAAGAAGACAGCCUUGGUCCAUCACAGACUGCCAUGGUUAUGGAUAACGAAGACGACAAUUCAUUGGGUGACGGCUCCAGCAGUGAGAUCGUGACGAUGCCUGUGACGGGCAUAUUAAAUAAAGUCAUCUCCGGAAGAGGGACUGCCACGCCUGACUCGAGGCGACGUCAAAACCAGUCGGCGAUAACCUCUAAAAUCGGGCACCCAUCACCAGAAUCGGACAAAGUACAUGGCUGGGUUCCUCUGUUUGGAUUCCAAGGCAGGAUCAUGUUUGAUACGGACGACAUGUCCACGUUUCAGGCGGCUGCGAGAAAGCUCUUGUCCCUGCGCCAACGGGAGCAAAGCGACAUCGUACUCGUUGAAUUUGAUUUCAAGACGGCAAAAGUCCUGCGGCGAUUCGAUGACAACAUUCCGCUCAACCCUGUUAGUGAUCUUGCGGAACACCUGGGACAGGCAACCAAGUCCGCAUCCAGCUCGGCCUGGUUCGUGCUUCGGAGAGGCGAAGAUAUUCCCUCCGAAUGGGAGCCUCCAGAGUCCUUCUUCUUGACCACGCUCAUCAAGUUGACUUAUGUUGACGACGACGGGCGAGAAAACCUCUCGUAUCUCAAAGUGCCCGAUGGCAAAAGUUUCUUUGGCCCCAAGCAAAAGGGCUACAUCUACCCUGCCAAUAAACCCUGGGGUUCCAAUCAAUACAUGCCCUUUAUAACGACGGCACAAGAAGUGCUGGUGGGAAGACCGGAUCAGCCAGGAGGAAGCCGCUGUGAUCUUAUCAUUUCACGUGAUGAUGAAGAUCCAGAGGGAUCAUCACCACCGUGGUAUGGUGGUCUGGAAAUCCACCGCGAACUCUGGGAUAGCAUGCAUCCUCUGAUCAGCAAGGGUCAAGCGUUCAGAGUUAAAACUCGCCCCGUGGCAAACGAUACCGUUGUGUUCUACCUGCCGGGAAACUCGAACAACGCCAGAACUCUCAAGAACCGAGAGUGCCUUCGGCGAACAGGCUCUGGAGACCCCUAUCCCGACGCCCUGCACAAGGUUGGCCUAAUGACGAAAAGCGUCAGAAUGCCCAUGAAAGCCUCUCACUACCUGAUUUGGCGCGGGGUCGACUAUUUCAACCAAUUAAUCAGUCGCCCCGUUGGAGCCUACAGUCCAGUUCGAUGGAAUUAUCGGGACAAAACUUCUUCGGAACAAGCCCAGAAGGCGCUAUCAAAGCUCAUUGCCCGUUCUGUCGACGACAAGAAUGAGCCCUGUCAGUUCUUCGUGAUCCAGCCAAUGGAUGGGGCUGAAGAUCCAUGCACGAUCGAGGCGGUUGAAGGACUAACAGGUCAGGCAGAGUUCAGUAUGGAGCCUCUUACUAUGAAAGCGUUGAAAACCACGAUGGAAAUGCUCUAUGCCGGAGACGAAGAGAUCACUUACGACGCUGAAAAGGACAGCGUUGUCAUGGAGCCUCUUUUCGACGAAGAAACAAUUGGAAGAAGUUGGAGCCCGGCCAGCUUCGUUCUUCGGCCGGACGCCACCGACUCCGAGGCAUCCAUGGCCCGGCGCUUCAUCCUGACUCAGAUGGUGCGAGCAGACGUCUUGCAAGAUGACGAGUUGGACUUUGUCAAAACACUGGCUAAAGCAGCGGAGGCAAAUAAUCACUGGGGUCCUCGGUAUGGCGAAGUGGCACCCUUUCGAAAGGAGUUAUCCCUGCCAGCAAUCGUUCCCCCUGGCAAGCUCCAUCCCGUGGUUUUCCAUGAACCGAAGACGCCGCCUCCUGCUCCUCGGAAAUCAGCUCAUCCUAUGCCGAGGGAGCCUGACCAGACACCCCGUGAAGGAAGCUAUGUGCGGCAGCCAAGCAUCUUUGACAUGGGUGUCUGGAACCCCUCCUUUCCGAUCAACGCGCCGCCCGUGGAGGCCAUUCUGAGGACUGGGGCAGGCCGAGUCCCUAUGGUCACCAAGAACGUCCUAACGCCCAGUGAGCAGCGGGAACUACAGAAUAAAGUCUGGAGUCUCUCCAAAGUAAACCUGGCUCGGCUAGCCGCGUGUCCGUACCAGAAAUGCCGGUUCACAUAUCGCCAAGAUGAGGACGAGACGCUUCUGGUGCAUUUGGAGAAGACUCAUGCCGAAGAGAAAUGCCCGUGGUGUGAUAUCCAGCUCUUCAAACACUGGUCCUACAAGCAGAAGGAAGAACACUACAGAAACUCCCAUGCAGACCAGCUGCGAAAGGUGCUUCAGCUUCCUGAGAGACCCAAAUCGCAUCCGCCUCAAAACCAAACGACCAGCCUCGAAAAGCUACGCAAUAGCCCUUCGGAGGCCAUUACAUCUCUUUCAACCUUUAGAAUAACCGACCAAGCCAGACCUCCAGUUGGCCCGUUACCUCAGCCAGAACAGCCAGCGAAAGCCAGCGACAGGGAGAAAGUCUAUCGAUACUGUGAUCGUUGCGGUCGUGACCACAAAGAACUCAAGACCUAUGAGGACCGAAAGCAUCAUGAUCGUGUUUGUGUCCCCCUGGCUGAGGGAGCCGGGCGAUGUACAUUCUGUAAACUUUGCGGAGAUCGUGUGUGGAAGACUGAGAAAGAUGCCACAGAUUUUGGACCUUUCGACACUUAUCCUCACAAGUGCCACGGCACUCUCCACGAAAACAAGCCGCAUUGCACCAAGUGCGGAUUCUCGAUGAAGAAACUCUCUGACGAGAAAGUCGACAGACAUCGCAAGUUCUGUGGGGGCUUCUUUGGUACCCUGGGUUGUUUCUGUCCGUACUGCCAGAAAUCCUUUGUAAGCGAUGGAACCCAGAAGCCUAUUGAUGAAAUUAAAAAUCACAUCACGGCUUGCCCUCAAGAAGAGGGCAUCAAGCCAACGCCGUGGGACAUCUAUUCAGAGGUCUUUUGGAGAGAUACUGACAAGUCAAUCGACCCUCUCUUCGUGGGGGCCGCGGAGACCUCCGCGGCCUUGUGCAAACAACAACGUCGUCCUCGCGCUUCUAGUCGCUAUCUCAGUCUCCCUCUCAUGUGGCAUGAUAAGCCGGGACCGAUUCCUACGUCAGACCCGCCUUCUGAGUGUCCUGCCGCCGGGUGUCGAGAACCUCUUUUCGGCCUGAUGCCAUCCGAGGUUCUAGGACACUUUGAGAAGAAACAUUUUGAGGAGCCCCUGAAACAGUGUCCGCUCUGCCACCUGUCGUUCAAGAGGCCCAAGGAAGAUCGCGAGAAGCAACCGGAGCUCGGGGAGUGGGAGGACAGAAAAGACCAGGUCUCCCACAUGGAGUGUCACGUCUAUCAGCUUUGGGACAUUUUGGCUGGCAGUACUCGGCCUCCUGCGAUGGUCAAUCAGGAACCCUUCAACCCGGGUCACAGUCUUUGGGAUCCCGAGAAUGAGAGCGCAUUGGAUCGGCGUGACAAGCGCUGUCCGCACUUUGACCAGUGUGGCGCCAUGGUGGGCUUCAUGAACCAACUCCAGUGGAACGAGCAUUUGAAGAAGGCGCACGCUAUCGAGCCCCUUGAGGCACAGAUUGUCCGAGACAUGGACGCUGAAAUCGCGGCUGCUCGCGAAGAAAGGAGGCAGCAGAGAAUUCGCGAGGGAAAGAAUCCAAUUCCAGGUCUGCCGGCGCCCAAAAAUAUACAAGACAGCGGAUCGGGGCCAGAUGUGACAGGAGAGACGCAAACAGGAACAGGUCCCAGUGUUCAGCUCAGUGAAGAUGACGAGGAUGACCCAGAGUCCCAAGACGUUCGGCAAGACGUACUCGGCCCCAAGGAUAGUACAGCGAGAGGACCAAAACCCGAGAGUAAAGUUCACGAAGGCCAUCGAGGCAGCCGUCCUCACGGGCCUGGGCCGAUUCUUUCACCCCCGCCUACGGGUUCCAAACCGCACACAGCCACCGCUUUGGGGAAAAGACCUCGCCAAGGAGAAAAGCAGCCAAAGAGUCCGAAGGGCCCGAUAAAGAACCCUCCUAAAGAUUCUGAAAAAGUGACUACGGACCCCAACAGUGUCAAGGGAACGCCACAGACAGGUGGCAAUCCGCCCACGGCUAAGUUUGUGCCGGCUGAUGACAUGUACUGUUCACGGUGCUUGCGUCCGAUUCCCAAGAGUAACACGAAUGGCGAACCUUCGAAACAAGUGCAGAUAGACGCACACUCAGAUCCGAGACGUAGCUGCCGAAUUCCAGCGAGACAAGGCAAAGUACAAUUUGACCGUGAAGACAAGGCCAUAUUGCCGAGCAAAGUCGGUUGGAUCACGCAAAAAGAAAUCGUUAAAGCGGGCGGUGUGACCAAACUCAGAAAAGCCUUUGUCAAAAACAACCCGGGUUUGAAGAUGACCAUAUACCCUACCGAUAACAGAUUUACGGAUAUGAGGAACUUGUGGACGCGGGAUCCGAAUCAUCCCAAGAACAAAGAUAACUGGGGAUUGCGUUUUCGGCCCCGAAAUGAUGAUGAAACUGAUGAGAGCGAGGACGACGGCUUGCGAAAUUACCACCCAGAAAAUGAUGAACCCGGGGACGACGAUGAGGACGAGGAAGAGGACGAAGGGGUUGAGAAGAUAGCCGAUGCAGAUGGCGAAGACAACGACGAUGAUGUGGAGGAGGACGACGAUGACGACGGCGGUCCCGGGAACCGGGCUAAGCAGAAGCGGAAGCCGUAUCGUGGAUUUUCCACCCACGAUCCGACAUACCGAGACCGUGGGGAAGAGGAUGAUCUGAGCCAGACUAGCGACAGGGAACUGGUACCGGAGAGCGGAGAUGAUGGAGCUGGUACCUUUGGUGGAUCAUCCGGUGCGAAGCGGAAGCGCGGGACUGGGGAGUCAUCAGGACAGGGUAACAAGGGGGGCAAGGAUAAGACACAGGAGAGGCAUCCUAAGAAGGCCAAGGUGGACGCGAGUUCUCAGGGCGAUGACAGGGUGGGAGAGCGCGGGGAUGAACGUGAGCCCCAGCACCCACGCCGUCGCAAAGGUCCGGCCACCGUCAGUACAUUGCUUGCUAGCGGCGGGCUCCUGUCUCUCUUUGUCGGCCUCUCGGAGCCCUUCCAUGUGCCCACUCAGGACGAAGUAGAUGUCUCCGACCCGGACCCGUCCACCGACGACCGCGACCCGUCUAUCCCUCGCUUCAGGCUCUCCGAAAUCCGAAAACAUGAUGCCAAAUCCGGCAGCCCUUGGGUUACCCAAGGCGACAAGGUCUACGACAUUACCGACUGGGUUGCUGCACACCCCGGAGGUGAUGUCAUCCUCCGUGCCGCUGGAGGUAGCAUUGAUCCCUACUGGAACAUCUUCACCAUCCACAAGUCGCCCCACGUUUAUGAGAUCCUCCAACAGUACUUGAUUGGCUUUAUCGAAUCGGACGACCUUGUUGACGGCAAGCCCGCUGCUCAGGAAAUAGAAGACCCCUUCAAGCACGAUCCUACCCGUGAUGAGAGACUCAUCACCCUCACUCCCAAGCCUCGUAAUGCAGAGACCCCCGUCGAAGGCCUGGCAGACAGCUACCUCACUCCCAAUGAACUCUUUUACGUGCGCAACCACAUGUGGGUUCCACAGGUUGAUGAUACUUCGGACUACACCCUCAAGAUUGAGCUCCUCGAUGGCACCAUCAAGGAGUACAGCCUCGAUGACCUAAAGACCAAGUUCAAACCUACUACUGUUGUGGCUGUUUUGCAGUGUUCUGGGAACCGCCGAAGCGACAUGACCCGUAACGCGAAGAAGACCAAUGGACUCCAGUGGAAUGUCGGCGCUAUCUCUUGUGCGGAAUGGCAGGGCGUGAAGCUCACCGACGUACUUGCUGAUGCCGGCAUUCCUAUACUCGAGGCCAUGACUGGAGACACGGAGGCCAAGCACGUUCAAUUCAUGGCCCUUGAAGCCUACGGCGCCUCGAUUCCCAUUGAGUCUGCUUUGGACCCGCGUGGUGAUGUUCUGUUGGCUUACUCGAUGAAUGGCAAGCCGCUGCCGCGAGACCACGGGUACCCUCUCCGUGCUCUUGUGCCAGGCCACGUCGCCGCUCGUUCCGUCAAGUGGUUGAGCCAGAUCACCAUUUCUGAUGAAGAAAGUCAUAGUCAAUGGCAACGCAAGGAUUACAAGUGCUUUGGCCCCAACGAGACGAGUCCCGACUGGGACCGCGCCGCACCGAUUCAGGAGAUGCCCAUCACAAGCGCCAUUACCACCGUCAGAUUAGGUGACUGGAAAGCAACAACAAACGAGUCAUCGGCAAACGAGGAUACCGGCAGCGUCCGCGAAGCGUCUCUCAUGGGCUAUGCGUAUUCUGGUGGCGGUCGCCGGAUCGUUCGUGUCGAUGUGAGCGUCGACAAUGGCAAGACCUGGGAUCAAGCCGAGUUACUUGACGAGCCUGGAGCCCCUCCAAAAACCGGGCACAAGUCCUGGGCUUGGAAACGCUGGAGGUACGACGGCGCAAUCCCACUUGGCGAGCCAGGUGAAGGGACCAAGAAGUGCACCACCCUGCUCGUCAAGGCUACGGACGAGGCGUACAACUCGCAACCCGAGAGCUACGCGGCAAUUUAUAAUCAGCGAGGAAACUUGGCCAACGCGUGGCACCGUCUGAAGGUUUGCUCUGAAUGUGCCAACAAGGCCGUGGUCGUGGCUAAGUAG